CGAGCCCAAGAGAAACGGCGCAGAUAGAAAUGUCUGUGUUUGUUUGACUAUGCUACCAGUUAGGCCACUUUGCACUGGCACAGCAGGCAUUCCCAUCGCGAUUGCAUUCCAUUCUAAAUUGCCCGCGCCGCAACCGCCAACUCCCUUUCCCAGCCGACUCCAGCCAUACAGGCGCCCGCGCCAGGAGCUCCAAGCACGCGGACGACUUCCAGGUCGCCGCUGCUCUGGAGACUGGAUGCUGGAGCCUGAGGACUGGUCUGGAGGAUGAAGCUGAAGCUGAAGUUGAAGUUGAGCUAGUUAGGCUGCGCACGUGGUUGGCUGUGGUUGGUCUCUACUGUUCAGUGCGGCUCUUGCACGCGUGUGCGGUUCUAGACUGCAUGUCUAGCACAUUCACGCGCCGGACUUCCACCGGUCCGGUCCGGCAGCGCCCUCGAUUCUACCUCGAGCCUUUGAUGGGGCGCUCUGUCGCUGUGGCUGCUGGGUAAAGCGUAGCCAGGGGGGCUUACGUCCCUUCCUUGGGGUGUGUGAGGAGUUGGUGGACUUCAGACCCCUACGCCGUGUGGGGGGUCGGACUGAGAGGAGAGACUUGACCACAACAAUGCGGGCGCAGCACCGAGUCUCACCCCCGGGCCCAUGAAUGCUUCCAUUGAUGAGCAUUGGCCACACUUGCUCUCUUUGCACAACAUCUUAAUCAUACACUCCAGUACAUCUACCUUCUCGCGCGACGCAUAUCGAUGACACCGUUUGGAAGUUAGACAGGAAAUUAGACCCUGGCCUACCUGCAACUGGGCCCUCUCACGCACUGCGUUAAGCUAGCGCUCUAGCUUAACGCAGAUACAACUUGACCCCCAGAAAGAUUGUCGCUGCCA